AAAUAAACUUCUUUUCUAACCCUUUCUUCUUUAUUUAUAUAUAUAUUUCUAUUUUAACUGUAUAUAAUCUCUCUUUUAUACAUAAUGGGACAAACAUUAUCUGAACCUAUGACAACCAAGUCAACAACAGAGGGUAAUGAUAAACGCGUCAUGUUUGGUGCUUCUUGUAUGCAAGGUUGGAGAACAAGUAUGGAAGAUGCACAUACGACCAUUUCUUCUUAUAAAAAUACCGGGACAAGCUUUUUUGCAGUGUUUGAUGGACAUGGAGGUGAUGCAGUAGCCAACUAUUGUGGUACAAGUCUUCAUGAAAUCAUUUUGAAUUCACCAUCAUUUCAGUCUGGACGUUAUAAAGAAGCUAUUCGAGUUGGAUAUUAUGGCAUGGAUAAAGAAUUAGCAAAAGAUCCACACUAUGUCGAUAGCAAUAUUGGCUGUACAGCAACUGUGGCUAUGUUACCUACCAACAAUGUAUUAUAUGUAAGCAAUGCAGGUGAUUCAAGGGCUGUGAUUAGUACAAAAAACGGAAAAGGUAUUCCUUUAUCUCAAGACCAUAAACCAAAACAUCCUAAAGAAGAAGCAAGAAUAAAAAAUGCAGGUGGUUAUGUGGAAAAUGGACGUGUAAAUGGUAGUCUAGCUUUAUCAAGAGCCAUUGGUGAUUUUAGAUUCAAGCAAAAUACCCAAUUAACACCAGAUCUUCAGGCUGUGACAGCUGAACCCGAUAUUUCAGAACAUUUGUUGACAGAUCAUGAUGAGUUUGUCGUGUUGGCUUGUGACGGUAUUUGGGACUGCUUCAAUAACCAACAAGUGGUUGAUUUUAUUCGCUGUAAGCUAUGUGAACGUAAAUCACUUGCCACCAUCUGUGAAGAAUUGAUGGACUAUUGCUUAGCAGACAAUGGCAAUAUGUCUGGCAUUGGCUGUGAUAACAUGACAGUGAUCAUUGUUGCCUUUUUACGUAGACGCAAGCCACAAGAAUGGUAUGAUUGGAUGGCCUCUAAAACACCACCUACUAUGCCUGCGAAAAAAGCCAUCUUGGUGACAUCCAAACAACCUGUUCCUCCUCAACCUGAAGUAAUAAAAAAUUAAUAACAAG